AUGUCUGCAGAGCCCGAUCACACUCACGAGAAGAAAAGGGUCAACCUUCAGGACGCCUCUGGCGCCGAGAAGAAGGAUGAGCUCGACACUUCUACUGCUAUUCUCAAGAAGAAGAAGAAGCCCAACUCACUCAUUGUGACCGACGCCGUCAACGAUGAUAACUCCGUGAUUGCUCUCUCCAACAACACCAUGGAAACUCUCCAGUUGUUCCGCGGUGACACAGUUCUGGUUAAGGGCAAGAAGCGCAAGGACACCGUGCUGAUUGUUCUGGCCGAUGAUGACCUUGAUGAUGGAAGUGCUCGCAUCAACCGUGUCGUUCGACACAACCUGCGAGUGAAGCAUGGUGAUAUCAUCACAGUUCACCCUUGCCCCGAUAUCAAAUAUGCUAAGCGCAUCGCGGUUCUCCCCAUCGCCGAUACCAUCGAGGGUCUGACUGGCUCCCUCUUCGAUGUUUACCUUGCCCCAUACUUCCGCGAGGCCUACCGACCUCUCCGCAUCGGUGACACAUUUACCGUUCGUGGAGGUAUGCGACAGGUAGAAUUCAAGGUCGUUGAAGUCGAUCCCCCAGAGUACGGCAUUGUCGCUCAAGAUACGGUCAUUCACUGCGAGGGCGAACCCAUCCAACGAGAGGAUGAGGAGGGUAACUUGAACGAGGUGGGCUAUGAUGAUAUUGGUGGCUGCAGAAAGCAGAUGGCUCAGAUCCGCGAGUUGGUCGAGCUGCCUCUUCGUCACCCACAACUUUUCAAGUCCAUCGGUAUCAAGCCUCCCCGUGGUAUCUUGAUGUACGGCCCUCCCGGUACUGGUAAGACUCUCAUGGCCCGUGCGGUGGCCAACGAGACCGGUGCUUUCUUCUUCCUGAUCAACGGUCCUGAGAUUAUGUCGAAGAUGGCCGGUGAGUCCGAGUCCAACCUUCGUAAGGCGUUUGAGGAGGCGGAGAAGAACUCCCCCGCCAUCAUCUUCAUUGAUGAAAUCGAUUCUAUCGCCCCUAAGCGUGACAAGACCAACGGUGAAGUCGAGCGCCGUGUCGUCUCCCAGCUCCUGACUCUCAUGGACGGUAUGAAGGCUCGCUCCAACGUUGUUGUCAUGGCCGCGACCAACCGUCCCAACUCCAUCGAUCCUGCUCUCCGCCGUUUCGGCCGUUUCGACCGUGAGGUUGACAUCGGUAUUCCCGACCCUACCGGUCGUCUCGAGAUCAUGCAGAUUCACACAAAGAACAUGAAGUUGGGCGAUGAUGUUGACUUGGAGACUAUCGCUGCCGAGACCCACGGUUACGUCGGUUCCGAUUUGGCCUCCCUGUGCUCAGAGGCUGCCAUGCAGCAGAUUCGUGAGAAGAUGGACCUCAUUGAUCUCGACGAGGACACCAUCGAUGCCGAGGUCCUUGAUUCCCUGGGUGUCACCAUGGAGAACUUCCGCUAUGCCCUCGGUGUCUCCAACCCCUCUGCUCUCCGCGAGGUUGCGGUUGUCGAGGUGCCUAACGUCCGUUGGGACGACAUUGGUGGCCUCGAGGAGGUCAAGCGCGAGCUCAUCGAGUCCGUGCAGUACCCCGUCGACCACCCCGAGAAGUUCCAGAAGUUUGGUCUUUCACCGUCUCGUGGUGUUCUCUUCUACGGUCCUCCUGGUACUGGUAAGACCUUGUUGGCCAAGGCCGUUGCCAACGAGUGCGCUGCCAAUUUCAUCUCUGUCAAGGGUCCUGAACUCCUGAGCAUGUGGUUCGGUGAGUCCGAGAGCAACAUCCGCGAUAUCUUCGAUAAGGCUCGUGCUGCUGCUCCCUGUGUUGUCUUCCUCGACGAGUUGGACUCUAUUGCCAAGUCCCGUGGUGGCUCUCAGGGCGAUGCUGGUGGUGCCUCUGACCGUGUUGUCAACCAGCUUCUGACUGAGAUGGACGGUAUGACCUCCAAGAAGAACGUCUUCGUCAUCGGUGCCACCAACCGUCCCGAGCAGCUUGAUGCUGCCUUGGUCCGUCCCGGUCGUCUCGAUACCCUCGUCUACGUGCCACUGCCCGAUCAGGCUUCUCGUGAGUCUAUUCUCAAGGCUCAGCUGCGGAAAACUCCUGUCGCUCCCGAUGUCGAUAUGGCUUUCAUUGCCAGCAAAACUCAUGGCUUCUCCGGUGCCGAUCUUGGCUUCGUCACUCAGCGUGCCGUCAAGCUGGCUAUCAAGGAGGCUAUCUCUCUCGAUAUCGAGCGCACCCGUGCUCGUGAGGCCGCUGGUGAGGACGUGACCAUGGGAGAGGGUGAGGUUGAGGAGGAGGACCCCGUCCCCGAGUUGACGCGUGCCCACUUCGAGGAGGCCAUGAAGACUGCCCGUCGUUCAGUCAGUGACGUUGAGAUCCGACGCUACGAGGCAUUUGCUCAGAGCUUGAAGAACUCUGGCGGUAGCAGUUUCUUCCGUUUCCCAUCUGCUGGUGAGGUGCAGAACAACGACACCUUUGGCGAAGCUGGUAACGAUGACAGCCUUUAUGACUGA